ACCGCGGCUCAAUAUUGUUGUCAGUUACGAUUAUUAUAUAUAUAUGUAUCGGUUGAAAUUGUCGAAAACUUAAUCAAAUGGCUUUGCUUGAAAAAGGCUAUCUAACAAUUUAUAAAUUCAUUUGGUUUAAUGCAGUUUGCAGAUAGAGAUUCAAAAUUUUUUCCUAACAAAGAUUAUUUGUUAUGUAGGUUUCGAUAUAUUGAAAACUUUUAUUGCUAAAAAUGUUUCACUUGAGAUUUGCAACGAUACUUUUGAUCGCGGGAAUAUUAAACGUAUGUGCAACGCAGGAUCUGUUUGAGGUCGAUAUCUCGACGAUCUCAUUGAAUAGCACUACAGAAGAUUCUGUGAUAUAUUAUCCUUUGAACGUGAGUGAAGUUGACUUACAGGAAACGUUGUCCGACGAUGCUAAGAAGACAUCGAAUAUUUCUCACUUGAAGACGGGAAAUGUUCCAAAGGACUGGAAUGAGCAUAGAAUUAAAUUAACUUUUCCCAAACUUCCUCUUGAUGAUCGUUAUAAAAUGACAAUGUUGCACUUGGAUAAGGGGUUCUUUAUUUUUGAUUUUCUCAGAGUCUUUCUUUCAUUUGUGCAACCGUAUGACUUGCCAGUUGAUAUACUGAAAGACGCAGUGGAUCAUCGAAUAACGGCCUCAAAGUUAGUCUCCCAGUCAUUACAUAUGGAAGCCGCAUUCAUAAGUUUGAUAGGGAUUUGCGGCUUGUUGAUGUUCGUAACACCGAGUACGGAACUUUGGCUUGCAUGCCGUCCAACCAAACAAGAUUAUAAGCCACCACGUCAUCCUGGAGCCCUAUCGUUCCUUCUGACUAUCUUCGUGUUAAUCAUGGGAGUAUGCAUAAUAACCAUGAUUGUCAGCAAUGAAGCUGUAGGAGCUGGGAUUGAGAAAAUCCCAGUAGUAGUGGAGACGGCUCUUCAAGAUCUUGGGGAUUAUCAUGCAGGCACUACCAUUCAGUUGAGAAAAUGCCUCACUCAAAGUUUGGACGUGGCCAGUGAAGCGAUUUUAGUCGAUAUAGACAACGUUGAAGAUUUACUGGGAAAACCUGUUCAAAAAGAACUUGCGUACGAAACAGGGCUAGAUGUGGCACUAGAUGCUCUCUUAGAUGUAGCAAAUGCGACACACGAACUCUCAACAAGAACUGCCACCUUAUUGAAAGAAGGAGAGCGAGCACGAAAUCUUGGAAUUGAAUUGAGUCGAGAAGCCGAUGAUAUCCGUCGAGAAUUGGAGGUUACAGCAAAGGGAUGUCCUCAGCAGGAUCGUUCCUUAUGUGCAAUUCUGAAUCCUUCGGGUUUGAAUCUGGCCCUGCGACUCGAACGGCUUGUGAGAGAUGAUCGACUAUUAAGAUUAAAAGCUUCGACUGGGGAAAAUUUGACGGAAGCUGCACGUCAAGCUCGAGGAGAAUAUCUCUAUGUUCCUAAUCAUGUUUCAAGAAUAACGUUAGAUGCUCGAAAUCAAAUACGUCGGGAGAUUAAUGGCAUACGUGCCAAGAUUUUCGACGAGGCACGAAAUAUUGAAACGAGCAGUACUGGACUCUCGAAACAAUUAGACUCAACUCGCAACAUUGCCAAUCAAAUUAUUCCUUACAUAACUGUUUUUGAACAAAUGAGAUGGCUCGUUGGUAUUGGUUCAGUAAUGUGUGUCUUGCUUGUAUGGUCGUUACUGUUGGGGGCGAUUUGCUGUCGUUGUGGAACAUCGGAAAAUAGAGUGAGAACUACACUAUUAUGUGCGGUAUUAUUCAGCUGUAUAAUUUCAAUUGGACUGUGGUUGGUCAUAAUGUGUGCUUUGGCUUUGUCGAGUCACGCUGAAAUGCUUCUAUGUCGACCUCUUUAUGAUCCUGAAUAUCGGACGAUGGAGGCAAUUUUAGAAACUCAAGCAUUUCUUGGAAGGAGAAUGAGUGUACCUUUAAAGGACCUCUUUGAUAGAAAAUGUCAGCAAAACGAAGCCGCUUAUCCAGCAUUCCAAUUGGGUAGUUCGAUAAAACUUGACCAACUCACGGCUCAUUGGACUUGGACCGGAUUAUCACGGGCAUUUUCUAAAUUGAGAGUUGAUCUUAAGGGACUGCGAAUUUUAACACCAAGUUUACAACAUCGAUUGCAAAAUUUAUUUUACGCUUGCAGUUCAAAUCUUACUGAACACAGAAUCAUGAUUCAAGGACCAAUUUUAAAUAAAGAUUUAAAUGCCCUUUCGGAUCAAGUGAGCAAUGUAGCGAGGCAAUUAAGUGAUAGAAAAGUAGCAAGAGAUCUACAAAGUAUUAGCACUUCAAUGCGAGAAUUAUUAUUGAGAAGAGUAAAACCUUUAAUGAAAAUUCAGGAUGAACUUGUUUAUCAAUUGGCUGGAUUACAAUUGCAAUUACAACCCCUUCAGCGACAAGUGAAUCAAUCAAUUUCACACCUGAAAACAAUUCAAUAUUAUAUAGACAAUCAAGGGAUAAAAAUUGCUCAAUUGAAAACAAAGUCGUACGUGGAGAGAUUAGUCGGUUAUUUGGAUCAAUGGCGCGGCCACGUCCUUUUGGAAAUGGGAAACGGAAUUGCUAAAUGUAGGCCUCUCUGGGAUAUUCUUCAUGGAGUACAACUCCUUGUGUGUCAGCAUAUUUUAGGACCUUUGAACGGAUUUUGGUUUGCUGUUUUCAUUUGUGCCAUGACAUUAAUGGCAAGCACGCCGACAGCUCAUUUUCUUGCUGCGACAUAUAAAAAAGAGUCUUUUGAUAAAAAAUCACAAUUAAUACCUCAGAGAAUGGAAAGUCCUGAUACGGUGAUUAUAGAUCGAGGUACUUGGCGCACACCAGAACCACCUCCUUCAGAUGAUGGAUGGUAAAAGAUACGUGGGAAAAUUUAGUGAUUUCAUAUAAGAAAAUUUAUUUAUAUAUCCAAAAAAAAAAGAAAUAACUUUUAAUUUGAAUAUUUAGUCCUUCAAAUAUAAUAUAAGUCUAAGAAU